AUGGCCUUUGCUCUUCCUAGCACUGACGGCCGCGUCGUCACCGUCCUCGGCGGCGGUGUCCUCGGCCGUCGCAUUGCCUGCGCCUGGGCCGCCUCCGGCUUCGAGGUUGUCAUCCGCGACCCCUCUGCCGAGCAGCGCUCUGCCGCCGUCCACUACUGCGAGGUGUCCAUGGACCAGUACUCGGACCACAAGGAGCGCGCCAAGGUCUCUGCCACCGAGGACCUUGCCGAGUCGGUCAGCAAGGCCUGGCUCGUCAUCGAGGCCGUCCCUGAGAAGCUCAACCUCAAGAUCUCGACCUUUGCCGAUCUCGAGAAGCUCGCGCCCGCCGACGCCAUCCUCUGCUCCAACUCCUCCUCCUACAAGUCCCGCGAGAUGAUUGAUGGCCUGAAGGAGACUACCAAGCAGCGCAUCUGCAACAUGCACUACUACAUGCCGCCUGACAACCGCAUUGUCGAGCUCAUGACCUGCGGUAGCUCCGACCCUUCCAUCUUCCCCUUCCUUGUCGAGAAGCUCCGCGCCGUCGGCAUGCACCCCUUUGUCGCCCGCAAGGAGUCCACUGGUCUCAUCUUCAACCGUCUCUGGGCUGCCAUCAAGCGUGAGGUUCUCAACAUUCUUGCCGAGGGCGUCUCGGUCCCCGAGGAGAUUGAUGCCAUCUGGGCCGAGGCCUGGGGCAACAACAAGUUUGGCCCUGCUGGCAUGAUGGACGGUGUUGGUCUUGACACUGUUUCCUUCAUUGAGCAGCACUACAUUGCGGAGCGCGGCCUCCCCAGCCAGCCCGUCGACUUCCUCAAGUCGUACAUUGAGGAGGGCCGCCUUGGUGUCAAGUCCGGCAAGGGCGGUCUCUACCCUCCCGAGUUCUACGCCAAGAUGGCUGCCCAGGGCACCAGCGAGCACACCCCCCUCCUCUACUUCCUCGACAUUGGUCUGUCCGUCGAGAACCCUCUCGAUGCCUUCCACGCCGGCCGUGUCCUCAUUGGUUCUGCCGACGGCCGUCCCCUCAAGGAGCUUGUUAUUGACCAGCUCACCCCCGACGGCAUCGACAUCUCCAUCCCUGCCGGUAAGAUCUUCUGGACCAGCAUGGGCAUCCCCAACAAGAACGACGGCUCCGUCUACUCUGCCAACCUGGACGGCAGCGACGUCACUGCCAUUGUCCCCAAGGGCGCCGUCCACACCCCCAAGCAGCUCAACCUCGACCAGACCAACAAGAAGGUCUACUUCUCGGACCGCGAGGGCCUGCGCGUCAUGCGCGCCAACUACGACGGCUCCGAGCUCGAGACCCUCGUCGAGACGGGCGACUGGGAGAACCAGGAGCACGCCGACGACCAGACCAGAUGGUGCGUCGGUAUCACUGUCGAUGCGACCGCCGGCAAGUUCUACUGGACCCAAAAGGGCCCCUCCAAGGGCAACAAGGGCCGCAUCUUCCGCGCCAACAUUGCCUUCCAGAACGGCGAGACGGCCAAGAACCGCUCCGACAUCGAGACCAUCUUCCAGAACCUGCCCGAGCCUAUUGACCUUGAGCUCGACACCGAGGCCGGCAACCUCUACUGGACCGACCGUGGCGAGCUGCCCAUUGGUAACAGCGUCAACCGUGCCAAGAUUGCCGACAUCAAGCCCAUCACCGAUGCUGCCUUUACCAGCUGGCCUAGCCGCGACUACAACAUCAUCUCCCGCAACAUGCACGAGGCCAUUGGUAUCAAGCUCGACACCAAGAACCGCCACAUCUACACCACCGACCUCGGUGGCGCGGUUUACCAGACCGACAUGGACGGCGGUGACCGCAAGAGAUUCUACGAGAACUCGGGUGCAUUUGCUGGCAUCACUCUUGCCCACGUCUAA